GGUGCUCAGUGGUGUUUAUGGGCAGUGAGAAAUACUCGGCCGAAAACGGCUUUGACGCCUUCCUGAAGGCACGCGGCAGGAUUGACAACACCUCCACUGACUGCGAGAGAACCAUUUUCCAGUUUGACCUGCCCAGACGGUUUUUCCGUCAGGCCCUGGACAGGUGGGCGCAGUUCUUCAUCUGCCCGCUGAUGGUAGAAGAUGCAGUUGACCGAGAGGUGGAGGCUGUGGACAGUGAGUACCAGCUGGCGAGUCCGUCUGAUUCCUGUCGUAAGGAGAUGAUGUUUGGGAGCCUGGCCAAACCUGGACACCCUAGGACCAAGUUCUGCUGGGGUAACGCUCAGACGUUAAAGCACAUGCCCAGAGAGAAUUGGAUCAACACGUACCAGCGGCUCAGAGACAUCUGGACCAGAUACUACUCUGCUCACUCCAUGACGCUGGCUGUUCAGUCUAAAGAAACUCUCGACACUUUGGAGCAGUGGGUCAGAGCAAUCGUCAUCAAUAUUCCCAACAAUGGUUCCUGUGAAGAAGGUUCAUGCUCUGACCAUCAGCUGGGCCCUGACGCCGCAGGGACAACACUACAGAUGCAUAUGGAGGAGCUGUGUUUCGACUUCCUCAGAACAAAGGAGACUCUGGGGUAUCAGGUCUACCCAGCCUGUAGGAACACCUCAGGGGUGCUGGGCUUCUCCAUCACCGUGGAAACACAGGCCACCAAGUUCAGGUGUGCUGACCUCUGACCCUCCUCCUUCCUCUCAGUGACUUGGAAUUUUUGAAUCAUAGUGUCUUUUCAUCUAAAUAUAAGUUAAAUUGUUCUCAGUAUGAAUAUAACAAAAUCUGCAAAGCUGUCCCCCUGCCUUUGAUUAGAUUGAUACAAAAUAUUCAGAAGAAUUCUAAUGCUAGAUCUCAUUUACCUCAGUUAAUUAUAGAUGAAAUUCACAUAAACAAUCAGAAAUGUGAUAACAGAUUUGUUAGUGUAGCCUUUAAAGUAGAGCUAUUCCAUAACUUCAACGGAGCCUUGUUCAGAAUAACUGAUGAAGUGUCCUUGUCAGUUAUGGAAAAGGCUCACACAAAAUUUGUGAAGUGGCCUGUUUCACCUAAGGUAAAAGAAACCCACUUUAAAAUAAUAAAUAAAAUCUAUCCAGUUGCUGAUUUCCUUAAAAGAAGAUUUGGGUUUGAAGUAGAGCCUUGUGCCUUCUGUAAUGUAGCUGAGGAAACCUUAGAACAUAUGUUUUAUUUAUGCCCUGUAUCUAGGAACUUUUGGCUG